UUUUCCCAUUGUUUCAUCUCCAUGCCAGCCAAAGCUGCACCAGUUGCAUAUUUGGCAGUCAUAUGGCUCCUAAAAGCAAUUAGGCCUGUCAUUCCAGACUUAAAGCCUGGCCACGUAGGAACAUGGCAACCCAAAGCUCCACAUCCCUGCAAGAUUUGAUCCGGGAAGAUUUUUUGACCUGCAAAAUCUGCUACGACCUGUAUGUGGUGCCCAAAAUCUUGCCGUGCCUGCAUAGCUACUGCCAUGGGUGCCUGGAGCCCCUGGUGGAGAAUGGGACCUUGCAGUGUCCUGAGUGCCGUCUGCAGACGGGGGUCCCGGAAGGUGCUGCUGGCCUGAAGACCAACUUCUUCAUUAAUGGUCUCUUGGAGCUGUUCCAGAUGAAGCACAACAAGGACCUUGAGUGUACAAUCUGCUCUACUACUCAGAAAGUUGUGGCUGCCACCUCUCGUUGCUUGGAUUGCAAGGAUUUCUUGUGCCAGAUGUGUUCCCAGGGCCAUUGCUGCUCCCGCCUCACUCUGCACCAUAAAGUGGUGAACCUGGAAGAGUUCCUGGCUGGGCACUACGACACUGAGGUGAGAUUCAUGCAAGAAUUGUGCUGCCAGGGUCACCCGCAGGAGGCGCUCCGUUUCUUCUGCGAUACCUGCAGCGUGCCCAUCUGUAGGGAUUGCCGCAUGUUGGACCAUUUCCAGCACAAAGUGGUCUCCAUGACCAGUGCGGUGCAGCGGGAACGGCCCUCCGUAGAGGAGCUGAUCAAGAGCCUGCAGAGAACAAUUACUGGCAUCUCUGAACAAGAGAAAGCUGUGGAAGAAGGGAUGGACAAAUUGAAAGCGGAAGGAGAGUGGGUCAAGGAGAGAAUCUGCAAUUAUGUAGAAGACAUCAUUACUUACAUCUUUGCUCAGAAGGAAUCUGCUUUGGCCAAACUGAAUGUCUUCGUAACUGAGCAGUUGGAAGGGUUUUGCCUGGCGCGAAAAGAGCUGCAGAUUCAGAAGGACAAAGCCGUGAGCACUCAGGUGUUUUCUCAGCAUGUCCUCUGUGUAGGGAAGGACUAUGAGAUCCUCUAUUUGGAAGGGAUGAUCAGGAAUAGGGUGGAGGAGCUUCAGGCACACCAGCUGCAGCAAUUCUCAAGCCAGAUCCCGGAGCUGGCCAUUGCCUGGGAUGAGCCCCAGCAACUCUCGGAAGCUCCUCUUUUCAGUUUCGUGUUUCCUGGGGAUCCACCAGGAGGAGAUGAGCAACAUUUGGAACUAGGCAGCCAGUCACUCACAUCUCUUGGUGAGGAGAGCGGGGAGGUUACUGAUGCUCUUUCUGAUGCAGACUCCUGUGUGAGCAGAUCGGGCUCCUCCACUGGCUACUGGAUAAAAGCUGAGUAUGGUUAUAGCUUUGAUUUGGAUCCAUCCUGCUUCAGGAAAGAACCCAAUAUCACUGGGGUUGCUGUUGUGCCUCACACCGGCCUUGUUCUCCUUUUGGAUCAGGCCAACGAUGAGAUCAAGCAGUAUAGCCCCGGUGGUCAGUUCCAGGGAGUGAUUCCUCUGCCCAUUCCUGAUGCUGACUCUGUCUUCUGUGGCAUCUGCGUCUGUGGAGAGGUCCUGGCCUGUUCUUCAGAGACUCACCUUUUUUUCCUGACCCUUGAUGGCCUGUUCCUGCGUAAAUUGCAGAUGAGAGGCUCCGAGACCUCCUAUGCCCUCACCUCGUAUCGGGACUUCUAUGUGGCUGUGAGCGAGGGAACUCUCUGUUCCAUCUCUUUGUACAACCCAUCUGGGCUGUGCGUUGGCAGAGUCCAGCCAGAGAGCUAUCAUGGGGGGAAGUUCCUGUUCAUUGCGGUGAAUAGCUGGGAGGAGUUUGUUGUUUCAGACUUCAUCAAAAAACAGAUUGUGAUCAUGGAGAAGUCUGGGCUGGUUCUGAAUGUGCUGAAACCUUCAACUUCACUGCUGAUAAAGCCAUUCAGUGUAUGUGUCGACGAAGACAGGAACAUUUUUGUGGUCGAUCAGUUCAAAGUGAUCCGGUUCUCCUCGGAUGGUGGGACUGGGAAGGUGGUGCUGAGUGGCCAGGGUCAGCCGAGAAGACCUAGAGUCUUGGCCAUUGAUAAUGAGAACCUCAUUUUAGUGAGAGAAGAUGGAAGCACUGAUGUCUAUUACCUAUAGUUUGCUAUUGCUUGUCAGAGUAUGAACCAAGUGCCUAAUUGUGCGGGUGCUGAGCCCCCUUGCUGGCAAGACGCCAGAGUAGUCCCACACUGUUGUGUCCACUAGAUAUUAGGAUGGACUUUACUAGAGCCAAGACUGCUGGCCAGGAUCAGACUCUAGGUCAGAAGUGCUGCUGCAGUCAAAGGAAAUGUGCAUUGCUGAAGGCUUCCUGCUGUGCCUAAUGAUGUUAGUGCCUGACCUGGGAAUAACAGCAGUAGAGCAAGACCUUCAUUGGCCUUUAAGCUAUGCUUUGCAUUCGCACAAGAGCUCUGAUCUUGACUUUGCCCGGACCUCUAGUGUCUGCUGCUCCGAUCUGUACUUCAGACUACAGUCCUGCUUCUUUUUUGGAACCAACAUUCCUAUCUUCUCUGACAUUGGGUGCUGGUGGCGCCAAAUAUUGUGGGAACACAAGCAAGUUUGGCCUUUGUUCGUUGAGCAAUAGACGACAUUCCUUUUCCAGCUGAAUGUGUAGAUUCCAGGCGUCAGGGUUGGUGCAGAGGAUUUAUAGAUUUGUAGAGACUAUGUAGGCUUAUUACAUUCCAUUUCCUCCACCUGCUGCUGCUAUGGGGCAGGAAGAAUUGUGUGUUGCUGUUGGUUGGAUUUGUUUGGGGAUGCGAUGGAGCAUCCUGACUAAUUUGAACUGGGCCUGAUGGUGAUGUCUGCAGAUGUUAAUUUUCCUUGAACACCAACAUAGAUUCCUUGUGUCUUUUGUUUUUGGAAAUGAGGAUGUGCAUUUUCACAUGCAUACCUCUCACCACAAGUGUGGAUGCUUUUGCAUAGCUCCCGCGUAUCCAUACAGUUGUACCUUUUCUAUAUAUUUUUUUCACUUACGUUGCAUAUUCACUCUCUGCCUAGCAACUAUGCCAUCUUUGUAGUUGACUCCAUUUGGGAACUUGUUGAGAUGCUCAGACCAGGCACAAUGCAUUCUAGGAUUGGAAGUAAGAGAUAUAAAGGACCAGCUCUAGGGUGUCUCCUCUCUAGGAUGUCUCCUCUGUAACUCCUUUUUUGAGGCGCACAACUCAAGAUGCAUGCACAAGCCACUUAAGAAUGGCUUUACCCAAAUCUAGUCACUACAGAGAAACUUGGAUGAUCAGUAGUCAGAGUUGGUACUGUCUAGUCUUUCUGCAGUACAUUGAAAAUUCUAUAUACCCCACUUCCUACUUGCAUACCAAGGCUGCAUUUAUAACUGUUUUUAAGGACACACACUUGAAUUCUCAAGAUUACUUUCUGGAGUUACUCAUAUUGGAAGGGCCCCUUACUGCUGUUCUCUUCACGCAAGGCCAGGAUGGUGCCUACAGGUUGCUCUCUGAGCAUUUGACCAAGGCCUAAGGUGCACAUUUCCCUGGGGCUUCUGUGCCUGGCAAUGCUGACUGUCUUUGCAUUUUCUGGGGAAAGAGGACACAAACCUGAUCCAAUGUUUUCUGUAAGUCCGGUUCUGCUUCACCAGUUAGACCCCAGUUCCACAGUGAGCCUUUUUUUUUCACCCUUCACUAAUCCUGCAGCUAAGCUGGGACACUGAGCUUCCUUAGGGUAGGAAUGUGUCAGACUUUCCAGAUAUUAUGGCAGCCUUGUUUAUAUACAAGGAGCAGUGGGCUAGAUGCAUCAAAGCAGCUGAGGCCAAGAAGUGGAGCCAUUUUGGAACCUUUGUACCAGCUUUCUCCAACUUGGUGCCCCUCCAGAUGUGUCAGAUUAAAACUCCCAUAAUUCCCAGACAAUGGCCAUGCUGUCUGGGAAUAAUGGGAGUUGUAAUCCAACACAUCUGGAGGGCACCAGGUUAGGGAAAGCCUACUUUAUAUUUUGUCUUUCUGCCUCUCCUGUUGUGCUCUCCACCCCACCCCCGCCUUCCUUUUAUCUGAUCCAUGCUGUUGCAGAAAUGAAGGGGAGCAAAGGGAGCCCUUUGCCGGAUGCCAUUUUAUGCCUCAUAAGUAGCCAUGGACAAGGAUGCUCCCUCUUGUAUAGCUUUAUUGCACUUCGUGUUCUCUCUUAAGAAGAAGUUGACACAUUUUAGUGCAUGCUUUUGAUAUUAAUAAAAUGAUAUUAAUGGCUAUUUAUGGUUCUUCUACUCAUCACAAACCAUGACUUAUCAGCACUGUUUUCAA